AUGAGUUCAAACAAACUUCCAUUCGACCUCAAAAAUGCAUCACUUUUCCACGACAAAUCUUAUGUUAAUGGAGAAUGGGUGGAAGCUAAAUCUGGCAAACGCUUCGAUGUCUUAGAUCCUGGGACCGGUCAAACAUGGGCCACAGCACCCGAUAAUGAUGCGUCCGACGUAGAUGCAGCCGUUCAAGCCGCUCACACAGCAUUUCAAUCUUUCAAGAAAGUUAAUCCCAGAACACGUGCUCAGUGGCUUUUGAAAUGGGACUCUUUGAUCAGAGAGAACAAGGAGGAUUUGGCGAAGAUUGUUACUUACGAGACGGGAAAGCCAACCGCGGAGAGCUUGGGAGAGAUUGAUUAUGCGUUGGGUUUUACGUGGUGGUUUGCUGGGGAGGCGGAGAGAAUUUCGGGGACGAUUCAGACACCAGCAGCACCGGGUAGGAGAGUCUUCACUGUGAAGCAACCAGUCGGUGUAGCUGCCGCACUAGUCCCAUGGAAUUUUCCAAUUGCAAUGAUCCUGCGAAAGGCUGGAGCAGCAUUUGCGGCAGGUUGCUGUAUGGUAGCAAAACCAUCACCAGAAACACCACUUUCGGUGUUAUCCUUGGCUUUCCUUGCCGAGCAAGCAGGAUUUCCAAAAGGUGUAUUUAGUGUUUUGACCACGAGUUUGGAUAACACACCUCCAUUAAGUGAGGCACUGUGUCGUCAUCCAUUGAUCAAGAAGGUUACAUUCACUGGUUCUACACGAGUUGGCAAACUCGUUGCAAAGUUGUGCUCCGAUGGAUUAAAGAAAGUUACUUUGGAACUAGGAGGCAAUUGUCCUUUCUUGAUAUUCGAUGAUGCAGAUUUGAACCAGGCUGCUGAUGCUCUCAUGGUCCUCAAAUGGCGACAUGCUGGUCAAGCUUGUAUAACGGCCAAUCGCGUUUAUGUACAAUCUGGUGUUUACGAUUCAUUUGCUUCUCUCAUCAAAGAAAAAACUUCCAAACUCAAAAUUGGCCACGGAGCCAAAGAGGGAACUACAAUCGGUCCUCUCACCACUCCUCGAAGUAUCGACAAAGCAGAAAACCAAGUCGAAGAUGCCAAGAAGCAUGGUGGAAAAGUUGUACUCGGAGGAAGUAAAGUAAAGGACACUACCGGGUAUUUCUUUGAGCCGACUAUCAUCUUGGGUGCAAAGAAGGAGAUGUUGAUCACGGAGGAGGAAACUUUCGCGCCAGUGUUAGCAUUGUAUUCUUUCGAUACGGAGGAUGAGGCUGUGGACGCGGCAAACAACACUAGUAUGGGCCUAGCAUCCUACUUCUUCACCAAGAACAUCGAUCGUACAUGGCGACUUCUUGAGAACCUAGAGGCUGGUAUGAUUGGUAUGAAUACUGGUAAUGCAUCAGCAGCCGAAUCACCAUUCGGAGGAAUCAAAGAAUCGGGGUAUGGAAAGGAAUCUGGGAAAGAUGUCGCGGUCAAUGAGUACCUUAUUACAAAAACGGGUACGAUGACCAUUGAUGGACAUUAUUAG